CGAGGACGUCUUCAAGGGCGACAUCAAGGACCCCGCCGCCGACCCCGUCGCCGCCAUGGUCGCGUACCGCAAGCCCAUCGUCGGCGCCAUCGCCGGAUUCACCGUCACCGCCGGGUUCGAGAUCGCCCUCGCCUGCGACCUGCUCGUUGCGGGCCGCGACGCCGAGUUCGCCGACCCCUACGCUGCCGAGGCCGCCGCUCCUCGCUGACCUUAGCUACCCCAAUGCCGCCGAGGACGUCGUUUCUCGCCGACCCCAACUAUCCGAAGCCGCGUCGCUGCGCCCGAGGCCGCGUCGCUCCUCGCCGACCCCUGCGCCCGAGGCCGCCCACCUCCUUGCCGACCCUUGCGCCGCUGAGGUCGUCGCGCCGAGGCCACCCGCUCCGAGGCCGCUUGCUCCUCGAUGACCUCCGCCCGCUCCUCGCCGACCCCUGCGCCGCUGAAGCCGCCUGCUCCUUCGCCGAGCGCCUCGUCGCCUUCGCCUGUGUCGACGGCUUCUUCUCCGGCUCCUGCUGAGCCAUCUUCUGGCUCAAGAAGCGUGGCCUCAUGCCCGGGCUCACCUUCUCCAACAAGCUUAUCUCCCGCGACGAGGGCCUCCACUGCCGCCGCCGCCUCCGUCCAAGUGAUCUCGGUGAGAUCCGCUCGCUCCCUCCUCCGCUCCUCGGCGGCGCGCGACCUGCGCACGCUCGACGAGAUCCUGAGCGUCGCCGACGCCGAUCCCUUCAACAGCAAGCUCUUUGUCCACGGCCUUGGGUGGGAAACCACCUCCGAGGGGCUCCGCGCCGUGUUCGCCCGAUACGGCGAGAUCGAGGAUUGCCGCAUCGGCUUCGUCCAAUUCCGUCACUGGAGCUCGGCGAGCCGCGCCCUCCGUGAACCCCAGAGGCUCAUCGACAACUGCAUGACCGCGUGCCAGCUCGCCUCCACCAAACUCACCCCGCACUGAACCAACUCGUCACCGCUUACCAAGUGUUCGAUCUGUGGCCACAACGAGCCACUGUGUUGAUCCAGGCUGCGGUGCUUAAGGCCGAGCACGUGCAUGCGGCGGACGCGCCGCAGAAUGCGCCGACGAUUGGUGCGCAGCGACGGGCUGCUUGCGGAUGUCAAUAGCGAGCUUUCGACCGUCGGCAUGUUCGUUGACACCUGCUAGGACUCGUUCGACGAGUUCCCGGACGUCGACGGCUCGCCCCUCGCAAAUGUGCAGACCAAUCUCAGCAGGCUCGUCAGCAACAGCAUCAGCCUCGCCGCCUACAAGGCUGCCUAUGAUAUUGCUUUGACGGAGUUCACGCCAACAAAUCAUGCCCGCCAACUAUUUGAUGAAAUGCUUAAGAUGUACUUUUAACGUCGAACCCGAUUUGUAUAUAAAGAGAGAGAGCGGUGCUCUUCUCUCUAUAAAAAUGUUUUAUCAAAAAGGAAUG